UUAUGUUGAAAAUAAGAUGGAUAAGAAUUAAAAAAAAAGGAUUUCUAAAUAAUGUUUCAAAUAAGUUAAGAAAGAUAUUAUUGGAGAGAUCCUUGUUUGAUAUAUUGUGUGAUAUAUGGUAUUUUGAAACAAUAAAGAGACAUGUAAGAGUAUUUUUAAGUCCAUUUCUAAUUAAAAAAACUCCAGAAGAGAUCAUAGAAUCAUUUGAAGAUAUCAAUCCUUAAUUGAAGGAAGCAAUUUUAAGAAAAGGAACUAUUAAUUUAUUUCCUGAACCAAUUAAAAGAGAAUUAGUAGAAAAUUAUAUACAAGAAGAAGAUCAAUUAUAGAUUAAUUAGGAUAAAUAAUUGCAUUAAUAAGUAAUUUAACAACCAGUUAAGGUUGAACAUUGGGAUAGAUAUGGAGAUUAUGAAUAAUAUACAUAAAGAAAUAGAAAAAAUAACUCACAAACUUUAUUACAUGUUGUCUCUUUGUUAAUGCAUAAACCAAUAGUGAACAAGGAAAGUCAUAAAUUGAAUUUAAGAAAGUAUUAUGAUAUCAACAAUUUUAUAGAUUAUCAAAUAAAACAAAAUCCUUAUUGAUUGGAUCAAUUAUCUGUAUAAUGAUUCAAAUGUAUUUAUCGAAAUCUUCAAGAAGAAUCUAUCAAAAGGCAUUUACAGUCUUAUCUUCUAUGUCAUUAUUGGCAUUAGCUUCCACUGCUUUAGGAGUGAUGGCUUUAAGUAAUAAAAAAUAAAAAACAUUAUGA